AUGGGUGCCCACAAGUACCUCGAGGAGCUUCAGAAGAAGAAGCAGAGCGAUGUAAUGCGCUUCUUGCUCCGCGUGCGCUGCUGGGAGCUCCGCCAGCUCAACGUGAUCCACCGCGCUUCGCGCCCAUCUCGUCCAGACAAGGCCCGCCGCCUAGGAUACAAGGCCAAGCAGGGCUAUGUCAUCUACCGCGUGCGUGUUCGCCGUGGUGGCCGCAAGAGACCCGCACCAAAGGGUGCCACCUACGGCAAGCCCACCAACCAGGGUAUCAACCAGCUCAAGUACCAGCGCUCGCUCAAGUCCACCGCUGAGGAGCGUGUCGGCCGCCGCUGCGCCAACUUGCGCGUCCUGAACAGCUACUGGAUCAACCAGGACAGCACCUACAAGUACUACGAGAUCAUCCUCGUCGACCCACAGCACAAGGCCAUCCGCCGCGACGCCCGCAUCAACUGGAUCGUCAACCCAGUGCACAAGCACCGCGAGUCCCGUGGUCUCACCGCCACCGGCAAGAAGAGCAGAGCACGGCUGCUGUCUGGGGGCGCUGGCAACAAUACUGCCAGUUCCUCGCGCGGCCCAGCGAACAACAGCAGCAAUCAGCGCAAGCCUGUACCACGAGCGCCCACAGAAUACAUCGAUCCGCCCACUCUCAACCCAGAACGCAAUGUCCCGCCCCCAGCAGGAGCACGGGCUGCCAGCACACGACAGCACGCCCAUAGCCGAUCUGCGAGCAAUCCAUUACCAAAGCUGUUUGGACGCAUGAAGAGCAAUGGCAACUUCCACGAUCGCUACCUUCCGCCUGACAAUGUACUGGUACCGGUACUCGACCAAGGCCCGCAAGCGACACCGACCAGGGUGAUGUCAGGCAAGAAAGGCAAGAUAGAUGAGGAAGGAAAGACGAACAGGCACUGUAUGUGUUGUGAUAGCACUGUGAAGGUGCCGAGAGAGCUCGAGAGGUUCAGGUGCUUGUGCUGCCUGACCAUCAACGAUUUGAAGCCAGCCGAACAGCAGGCGGACAGCGACAAGGACAGGCCACAGGUCAAACGAGCAGACAGCUACUCAGCCUCGUUACCAGCUGGCGUACGGUUGCCACUAUCGAUCGAGCACACCCGUGCAAUUAUUGACAAGUGCCUGACCGCGUAUCUGGAGGCAAGAUGCAGGCGUCCAACAGAUGGUGUUCAGGGCAAGGGAAAGGCUGCUCUGGAGAAGGAAGAUGUAUUUGAGCCUGACGAGUGGUGGAACAAGGUGCCACUGAGUACGCCAGAUCAGGAACAUGAGGGCAGGCGUCUGGAAGAUCCGCCGGUCUCGACGUCGCCGCCCGAUACACCUCGAGACGCUGACAAGACUACGCUCCCGAGCGCAACCAUUCGCGAUAUAGAUGAGCUUAACAAGUUCUCUGGCACACGUUUGGACACUCCGCCACCAGAGCAAUUUCCCGCUGCACAUUGCCUUGCUGGUCCGUCUAAUGUAUCGACGCCACAGCCUGCUCCCCUGCCCACGAAGCCAACGAGAAGACCGCCACCGCCUCCAAUGCCUAUCCCGAAUAGACGCCCUUCGCACAACUUACUUCCCGGUGGUAACCUCACGCCAAAUGGACAACGUUCGCCCCGUCCCGCCAAUGUGAGCCCGAGGAUGACGGCACAGGAAAUGCAACAGCGCCGACAUCAAGAUAGGAUCAAGUCGAUAUUCAGACCUCUUGAGAAUUACCUGGCUUCCGACUUUGGCAAUUUUCAAUGCCUCAACCGUUCUUUCAGCACUGUGCGUCCCGCGUUAGGUAGCCGGACGCGUAGCGAGAGCCAUAUCAAGACGCCACCGCCGGAACCCGCUACUGACGUCCAGCAAAGCCCCAUGGACGGUCUUUCCGAGAUCGACGCCAAGACGCUCCUGCUCGGGGAUAUUGGCGAGAACGGACUGUGGUGGACUGGCAAGGUUGAUCGUAAUCAGUCUGACAAAGCCCUGAAGCGCAAGAAGGUUGGCGAGGGGUCCAAGAAAGCAGUAUCGUCCAAGUCUCCCAACCUCAAUUGGACGGAUGUAGCAGUCUGGUAUGAUCUUGUCCACUCCGCUGGCUCUGACUGGAUGGCGAAAGCAGAAAGUCUGGUGGAGAUCGACCCGCAGAUGCACAAAACCAACCUGCAGGGAGACGCCAAUGUUGAAGAAAUCGAAGAAGAUUUGGCAGAAGCGAGGGAACAUGCCGCGCGAACUCUGCUUAAGAUCACAGAGAACUCCUUGAAGCGGCCCACGAGACCGAUCAAGGAUCCCGAGGACCUACGAUGGCUGCUCAUACUACUAUCCAACCCUUCCUUGUAUCCGGGGACCAAGCCAUUCAGAACACCGUCGUAUGGGAAUCGCCUGAUGAAUCGACCUCCAUCCCGCCGACAGCAUGGCAAGAUGCAACCCAGCCCAAUGAAAACAUCUCCAAAUAAGGAUUCUUCGCGUCAAGGCAGUCAGCACAACGGGUUGUUGAAACGAAUAUUCGGGAUCAUGGCAAAUUCGUCCGAGUCAUGCCAUAGGUAUCUAGUCAAUUGGUUCGCUCGUCUGGACGAACCUCAUUUUGUGAAGACUGUGGAUCUGGUAGCCAGCUUCGUGACAUAUCGACUUGGCAAACCGAUCUCGGGGCGCUCUCGCAGAAAGAGCGGUGCUAUUCAUGAUGGAGGUCUGAUUCCAGAUCUGUCUGGCUCAGCGAUGAACACUUCUGCGCAGUUGCAUUCUGCCAUGGGUUUGAGUGGAUCUGUCAACAAGGGCUCGACAAACCCUACUGGCGAACCUGAAUGGGCUGCAGACUGGCAGAUCAAGGCAGCGGCCAAAGUAAUGUCCCUGCUCUUCUCCGCCAACAAUGUCUGGCAAGGCAAGUUGCGUGAGCCAGGAUUGCGAGUGGACUCCCUUGUGGCCGAUAACACAGCCUCCGCUGGAGCACAAGCACGAAGAAGUGGCCAACUCCUGCACACGUCAAGCUUCUACAACACAUUACUGGACUAUCAAGACAUGAUAGCAGACUUCAAGGUGUGGGAGUCGAAGCGAGACAAGUUUGCCUUCUGCCAAUACCCACUCUUCUUGUCUAUGGGAACGAAGAUCAAGGUAUUGGAGUAUGACGCACGUAGGCAGAUGGAGCUCAAAGCACGGGAAGCAUACUUCGAUCAAGUCAUCCGGCAGAGAGCGAUUGAUGGGAACUUCCAUCUACGUAUCCGACGCGAAUGCAUGGUAGAUGACAGCCUUCGCCAGAUCAGCGAAGCAGUGGGCGCUGGUCAAGAGGAGUUGAAGAAAGGGUUGCGGGUGCACUUCACUGGCGAGGAAGGUGUUGAUGCCGGUGGUCCAAGAAAGGAGUGGUUCCUGAUGAUUGUGCGUGAUAUUUUCGACCCGAACCACGGCAUGUUCAUCUACGACGAAGACUCGAACACUUGCUACUUCAACGCAAACUCUUUCGAAACCUCGGACCAGUACUACCUUGUCGGGGCACUUCUUGGCCUGGCGAUAUACAACAGCACGAUUCUGGAUGUUGCGUUUCCACCAUUUGCGUUUCGAAAACUGCUCGCUGCAGCCCCGUCAUCCAUCACCAACCACUCGAACGUGUCGUCGCUUACAGGCACGAAAGGUCAAAUGACGUACACACUGAGUGAUCUUGCUGAGUUUCGCCCAUCACUCGCCGCAGGCUUGCAGCAGCUCCUCGACUUCGACGGCGAUGUGGAGGCCACUUAUUGCCGAGAUUUCGUCGCCUCAGUCGAGCGCUAUGGUGUCGUGAGCAAUGUACCACUCAUACCGAAUGGCGAGAAAACACCGGUCACCAAUGCAAAUCGCCAUGAGUUUGUCGAAGCAUACGUACGCUACCUUCUGGACACGGCAGUAGCUCGGCAGUUCGAACCUUUCAAGCGAGGUUUCUUUACAGUCUGCGCUGGAAACGCACUGUCAUUGUUCAGAGCAGAAGAGAUCGAGCUUCUGAUCCGCGGCAGUGACGAGUCCCUCGACGUCGACUCUUUACGCGCCGUUGCGCAAUAUGAGAAUUGGCGCCACUUCCAGCCGCCGCACCAGCAGAUCCCGAACCCGGCAGAGUCUGUGCCAGUCGUUCAGUGGUUCUGGGAGCUGGUUGCCGAAGCCACACCAGAGAAACAACGAAAGCUCCUGACCUUCAUCACUGGUACUGACAGGAUACCUGCUGUGGGCACUACCAGUCUGGUCUUGAAGAUCGUAGCCGGUGGAGACGGCUGGGGUGGAGGAGGUCGUGAGGAACGAGCCAGAUUUCCAGUAGCUAGGACGUGUUUCAAUAUGUUAGUGUUGUAUCGGUAUGAUUAUCGGGAGCAGCUAGAGGAUAAACUAUGGAGAGCUGUCGAUGAGAGCGAAGGGUUUGGACUGAAGUGA